AAACGCCGUCCUGUGCUCGUCUCGUGCAGUCGUGCUUCGCAUUAGUAUAAACCAGCCUGCUGCCGCUUGCUACUGUUGCAGAGACUCUAUCCAGAUCGGCGGUAAGGCCGAGGAGAAGAUCGAGCAGGCGGCAAGGCCGAGGAGAAGAUCGAACAGACGGCAAUGGGUCACCCUUACGCGCCAGCGGAGCUGCAACUCCCAGGGUUCGUGCCGCUGCAGCUGUCGCAGGGCGAGAUCCUCGUGCCCUACCUAGGCACCUCCCUCUUCGUCAUCCUCGCCGUCUGGCUCAUCUCCGGAAGAUGUGGCAGAUUAUCCAAGACCGAUCGUCUGCUCAUGUGCUGGUGGGCGUUCACCGGGUUGACCCACAUCAUCAUCGAGGGAACCUUCGUCUUCACCCCUCAUUUCUUCAAGAGGGAGAACCCCAAUUACUUCGAUGAAGUUUGGAAAGAGUACAGCAAAGGCGACUCCAGGUAUGUCGCUAGGGACACGGCAACUUUGACAGUUGAAGGAAUCACCGCUGUAUUGGAAGGCCCUGCAUCACUGCUUGCAGUCUAUGCCAUUGCAUCUCGGAAGUCUUACAGCCAUAUUCUCCAGUUCACCGUCUGUUUGGGUCAGCUCUAUGGAUGCUUGGUUUACUUCAUUACUGCAUACUUAGAUGGCUUCAAUUUCUGGGCCAGUCCAUUCUACUUCUGGGCUUACUUCAUUGGCGCAAACAGUUCGUGGGUUGUGAUACCAAUACUCAUCGCCAUAAGAUGCUGGAAGAAAAUCUGCGCGGCGGUUCAAGUUGAAAAGGUGAAGACUAAAUAAAAGCUGCCAUAACCACCAUUUGAUUGGAACUAAUACAUAUUGUACUCUGGACAACAUCGUUUGUUCUUGGCACUGAAAUUCUUGUGUUCGUGCUGAAAACUGCUUGUUCCCUUUGCUCAAACAAUAAUGCAGGAAAAUUGCUUUUGUUCUCUUGUUAAAUAGGGUUGCUGCUUAUUCCUUUGAAAUAAAAGUAUUGGCACCAUGAACUGCCUUGCAACUUUUUGUGUA